AUGGGGCAGCGGCGAGGGCCGCGGGCGGCGCUGCGCCCCGGCGGCGGCGGGCGGCGUGAGCGGCCGGGACGCAGGAUGCGCUCCGAGGGCGCGGCCCCCGGCCCGGCGGCGCCGCUGUGCGGGGCGCUGAGCCUGGUGCUGGGCGCGCUGCUGGGCAAAGUGAUAGAGGGCCGUGGAGUCACAGACAACGUGCAGAGAUUCUCCUCGCUGCCGCCGUACCUCCCCGUGAGCUACCACAUCCUGCGAGCAGAGACGUCCUUCUUCCUCAAGGACGCCGGCCAGGACCCGCUGCGCAACUCCAGCCUGCAGUCCCGCGUGGAGUCCUUCUUCACGCACAGAGCCAAGCAGCCGCCGGUCGUGAACGCCAGCUAUGGGCCUUUCUCCGUGGAGAAGGCCGUGCCUCUGGACUUAAUGCUGAGCUCGAACGUUUGGGGUGCAUCCAGCAAGUUUGGUUUCGACUGGAAACUGAAGGCCUGUAUCCUGCGGGACAAGAUCUACCUGAGCCGGCCCAAGGUGCAGGUUCUGUUCUCCAUCGUGGGCAGAGACUGGGGCGACCACAGCGCCGGGGAGAGGCUGCCCUGCCUGAGGGUCUUCGCCUUCCGGGAGACCAGAGAGGUGAGGGGCAGCUGCCGGCUGCAGGGGGAGCUGGGGCUGUGCGUGGCGGAGCUGGAGCUGCCGCCCGGCUGGUUCAGUCCGCCCACGGCGGGGCCCGGGAGGAAGAAGUCGGCGGACCAGCAGGAGGGCAGCCCCGUGGAGCUCUACUACGCCGUGCAGCCGGGGGCCGAGCGAGGGGACUGUGCCGGGGGUGACUUCAGGAAGGGCAACGCCAUCCGCCCGGGAAAGGACGGGCUGGGGGAGACCACGUCCCACCUGCAGAGGAUCGGCAGCGUCAGCCUGCUCUGGACCCAGGACAGCGCCCAGCUCAGCGAGUUACGUCUGGAUGGCAACGUGGUCAUCUGGCUGCCUUCCCGGCCGGUCAGACAGGGGGACGUGGUCACUGCCUAUGUCACCAUCGCCAGCAAUUCCACCGUGGACCUCUUCAUCUUGAGAGCCAAGGUGAAGAAGGGCGUGAACAUCCUGAGUGCUCAGACCAGCGAGCCGCGGCAGUGGGGAGUCCAGCAGGAGCUGGGCAGCGGCGGGAAGCACGUCACCGCCACCGUGGCCUGCCAGCGCCUGGGGCCCAGCGCACGCAACAGGAGCAGCAGCGGUCCCUUCAACGAGGUGGUGCAGAUGAACUUCGAGAUCGCCAGCUUCAGCAGCCUCUCGGGGACGCAGCCCAUCGCGUGGCAGGUGGAGUACCCGAGGAAGGGGACCACGGACAUCGCCGUGUCGGAGAUCUUCGUCAGCCAGAAGGACCUGGUGGGCAUCGUGCCCUUGGCCGCGUGGCUGCGGGAUCAUCAGCCCGGCCGUUCUCGACCUUAG